AUGCAGCUCUCCAUCGUCACCAUCCUCGCCCUUCAGGCCAUCGGCGCCGUCGCCGCUCCCGUCGCCGCUCCUGCCGCUGACUAUGCCGACCUCGCCAAGGCCAACAUCAUCAUCAAGUCUGCUGGAACAUACAAGAGGGAUGAAGAGAAGCGCGCCGCCAGCUACGCGGAUGCUGCAAAGGCCAAUAUCAUUAUCAAGUCGGCUGGUACCUACAAGAGGGAUGAGGAGAAGCGCGAGGCCGAUUACGAGCAGUUGGCAAAGGACUCCAUUUACAUCAAGUCCGUCAGCACCUACAAGCGCGGCGAAGAGUACGCCGACGCCGCAAAGGCCAACAUCAUCAUCAAGUCGGCUGGCACAUACAAGCGCGAUGAGGAGAAGCGUGACGCCGACUACUAG